CUCUAUCACAUUUGCAACGUACCUCCUUCAGUGCGACCAGCGAGGACCGGCAUGAGGUUGACAGGCAGUUUGAGUCUGUCACACAGCGCUGCAAAACAGCAAACAUAUGAUAUUGUACCAGCAUCUGGCGGGACUCACUUUGAAGUCUUCGGAUAACACGAAGUGCAUCUGACCGCUUCCCAGGAUUGGCCUUGAUUCACGCGCGCACCAUCUUGUAGGAUGUGGUGCGGAGACAUAUGAGCGCCCAAGUGCCGGACCUCAGGAUGAUAUGCAAGAUGUUUGGAGGGUAGUUCGAAAGCGGGACGCUCGUGAGCAAUGGUUGCGAAUCUGCCCACGACGCUUAAGAUUGCAUUUCGUCCUGUGCUUGUGGCGGUCUGCGUGUGGGCAAUUACACGCCAGGACCUCAGAGGCCCUCUGAGUCAUCAUCACCACAUUCCGUGUUGGCCCUCUCAGCUCCUCCACAUUGCGGCGCUCGAUUAGAGACCCCAACCAGUAUGUAGUCAUGAAGCCGCUGUUGAAGUGCUUCACAUUUGCAUAGCACCGCUGGCAAGGAUUGGCGGCCGCAGACCCGGCGAGACCAAGAAUCAGUCCGAUCCAUUUCUGAGACGACACAAUAAGACCAGAGACAUAUCAACUAUGUCCGUGUCUCCCGCACCUGGUCACCCAAGAUAAAGACAUUGAAUUUGACCGUCCACAGUUUCCCUUGAAUGUAAGCCUGAAAUCCGCGCUGUAGGAGCAUGAUGUCUUUGUCCAGCCGCUUCAUCCAUGGCUUGAGUCUGUCAUAGUUUUCCGUCCCGUUCAGCAAAGCAAAGACAAACAGUGAGUGGGAAGAAUGGGAUGAAAAUAAGGGCCCGGUGUCGCUGAUGUGUUCAGUGACGACGCGUGCGGCAAGAGUGACUGCUUGCUUGUUCUGUCGCAUCCUCAUUAGUUGGCUGCCGUCACCAGAUAUGCAAAGUGAGAGAGUGAUCUCUCCUUGACCCGUGGUACAUUUCUUCUCUCUCCUCAAAUUCACCCGCCACACAUCUAACAUAACAGCUGGGUGCGUCUUCACAAGCCAUUUGAAGAGGUAAUAUGGACUCGCAUACGUGGAAGAGAAGUGCUCAUUGGGGCUGCGGUCCACACGGGCAUAGGGAAGGUCAGCCCUCACGUCAUCCAAAUUCGGGAGAUACUCCUCUUCCAUCCUCGGCAGGUAGCGUGCCCUCUCCUCUUGGACGCUCGUCUUCGACGGGACGAUUUGUGGUUUGUUAGAAUCCUUCACCCACCGAGACAUCCCAACCCGUCUCUUGUUGGUGAUCAGAUUCUUCAUCACUUGUAGUCGGGGCCACCCGAUGUGCAGCUUCAUUUGCAGGGCGCGCCACAAUGACUCGUCGAUCUUCCAGUAGGUCUCAGCGAACUUCUUGCUUAGCCAUAAGAGGGCUUUGUGGAUGGUCACGGUAUGACGUGAAUCCUCUCCCAAGCGACCCACUCUCUGAAGAAAUCGAAUCCACAGACCUCUCAACACAGCCGCGAUAAUAGGGGUGGGCCAGAUGAAUAGAAAAAGGACUAUCAAAUGCACUACGACAGCUUGGACUGCACUUAGUGUCAUGUCAGUACCGCCAUACUCCCAUCCUUGUGGACGCUGCGACCCCUUUGGAUCAGCCAUCCAUAGAAGCGCGUCGACCGCCACCUGAGCCCAUUUCCGUCGGCGACGAUUUCCAGGGUCGUCUGGAUGAUCAGGAUAAGAGUCGAGAGUCUUGGCAGUUUCCACAAGGGGAACCUCGGCGCUGGUGGUCACUCGAAGCUGCCUCCACUUCUUCCCCCCACCCUGCCUCCCACCUCCACCCAUCUGCUUCUCCCAAAUGUCAACUUGGUGGAAUCCACCAGCUUUGGAGUCGAGUGCGUAGUUGGUCCGCCGCUUCAGCUCCCAUCCUUCCUCUUCAUUUGCGUCUUGGUAUGGAUUAUCGAGUUGCUUCUUUUUCUCUCGUGCGUCUUCAUCUCGUGACUCAUCGGGGUCCCGUCCCAGAUGGCCUGCGUCCUCCUCAGGCUCCUCGACUAACUCUGAAUUAUCACCUGCCCCGACGUCCUCCUCAGCAUCAAGAAAUGAAUCGAGUUCAUCGUCCACUUCGACGCCUCUAACAUUUCGCAGAGGCAAAGGGUGUCUGGGAAGGGGGGCACCUUUGGAUGAUGGUGGGGUGGGAAAGGGGCUGUCCACCUCUUCGUCAGAAGAGAAACGGUCAAACGGGGGAAUUCCACCAGAGGCCAUCUCUUCCUCAUGAUCCAGCGAUCGGCCAGCAAAGGAUUGUGCAGGAGCGGCGGCGGCGGCGGCGGCUGCUGCGGCGGCUGGUGGGACUACGGCUCUCUGCUUUUCUUCCUCCUCAAUCCCGUCUUCCUCCUCCCAUUGCAGGCCCCGUCCUGCUUGAGGCGGAGUUGGUGAUAGCUGCAUUGGGACGGGGGCCAGUGGAGAUAUGUGGCGCCGUCGGCGACCUCGAGACCUUUCUCCAAACCCAGCAAGGGGGAAUUUGUCAUC